CUUUUUGACCCCGGAAAGAGUAUUCGAGAGGCCUGGGACAAGGUGCGAGGUUUGAAUGAAACGGGCUGAUUCAUCGUGGCCCGGCUGAGCGGAAAGCGGCUCGGAGAGGUUGACCAGACCAGGGGGAGAGCGAGAGGAGUGGCGGGCGGGCUCCGGGCUCUAACGGCGACCGGUAGAAAUUAAACUUCACAUCAGCUCAAACCUGCCGAUCCAGCUGAUAUCAAGAACAGGAGGCGGUGAAAAGAACUGAGAACUAGGUGGCUAUAAGACAAUAUGGAUAGACUUCUGCGACUAGGAGGAGGCAUGCCUGGUCUGGGACAGGGACCUCCUACGGAUGCUCCAGCAGUUGACACAGCCGAACAGGUUUACAUCUCUUCCCUUGCACUUUUGAAGAUGUUGAAGCAUGGUCGAGCUGGUGUCCCCAUGGAAGUUAUGGGACUGAUGCUUGGAGAAUUUGUUGAUGACUAUACUGUUAGAGUGAUUGAUGUGUUUGCGAUGCCACAGUCGGGAACGGGGGUCAGUGUAGAAGCAGUUGAUCCUGUGUUCCAAGCCAAAAUGUUGGAUAUGUUAAAACAGACUGGAAGACCUGAGAUGGUUGUUGGCUGGUAUCACAGUCAUCCUGGCUUUGGCUGUUGGUUGUCUGGUGUGGAUAUCAAUACUCAGCAGAGCUUUGAAGCCCUGUCAGAAAGAGCUGUAGCUGUAGUUGUGGAUCCCAUUCAGAGCGUGAAAGGAAAGGUUGUUAUUGAUGCCUUCAGAUUGAUCAAUGCUAAUAUGAUGGUCUUGGGACAUGAACCAAGACAAACAACUUCAAAUCUGGGUCACUUAAACAAGCCAUCUAUUCAGGCGCUGAUUCAUGGACUGAAUAGACAUUACUACUCCAUUACUAUCAACUAUAGAAAGAAUGAGCUAGAACAGAAGAUGUUGCUUAACUUACAUAAAAAGAGUUGGAUGGAAGGGUUAACCCUUCAGGACUACAGUGAGCACUGUAAACUUAAUGAAACAGUGGUGAAGGAGAUGCUGGAGUUGGCAAAGAACUACAAUAAGGCUGUGGAAGAAGAAGAUAAGAUGACACCUGAACAGCUGGCAAUAAAAAAUGUUGGCAAGCAGGACCCCAAACGUCAUUUAGAAGAACAUGUGGAUGUGCUGAUGACUAGUAACAUUGUCCAGUGUUUAGCAGCAAUGUUGGAUACUGUUGUAUUUAAAUAAUAACUUACUCAUGAAUAUUCUUUUCUGUCUAUAAUCACCUUGUUUAAAGCACUGAGACUAAGAUAAAUUUGGACAUCAAAGACAUCUGGCAUUAUUUGCAGUUCUAAGAGCAUCACUCUUAACACCUUUUCAUCUCUUUGAAGAGUUUUUUUUAAUAGCAGAGUCUUUGCAGAUUCCAAAGCAAUUCAAGGACUGAGCUUAAAAAUGUGUUGUUUUCAUUUUAAUAUUCUGGAAAAUAAUUGGCAGUGCAUAUAUACAUUGAUUAUUACUAUGUAGUUUUUAAAAAAACAAAAAAGUUAACCUACUUAGUGUUUUGUUUGUGAAUUAGGUGAGGGUCUGUCUUUGAUUAAUAAUGGUGUACAAAGUGCAACAGUCAGAAAAAUAUAUUUCAGUAAGAUGAUGAAAUGCACACCUUGGCACAGAUGUGAUUUUUGCAAUGACCUGCUCUGUGCAUAGAAAAUACUGUUUUUGUUUUCUAUUAAUAAGAGUUGAAACUCUGCACCUUUUAAAAAGUUGCUGGAAUCAACAUUGAAAUACAAGAAGUGAUGUGAGAAACCCCCUAAGCCUGUGCAAAGCACUUCUCAAAACUGAGUACGGGGCUUUUCUUCUGUUGCUUAGGGCCAAUGGGGACAAGAGGGUUUCAGGGCACAGGAAUGUUGGCUUCCAGGCAGGCUUCAGUCCAUCUCUCCAGGCUGUAACCAUUAAUCAAGACUGUUCAUCAUAAAAGGAAAUUACUGGCUAAACUGUACAAGAAAUGAGGGAAACAAGGCACAACAAAUAUUGAAAAUUACUAACUGUAACUUGGGUUGUUCACCUUGAUGAACAACCUCUUCUGAUAAAAAAAACUUGAUAAUUAAAAAUGAUUACAAUUUACCAUUAGUAUGAUAUGGAGCCCCAAGUAAUUUGAGCAACAACGGUUUUAGGCAAGAGGAAGAGAGUACCUGUUGCAAGUGACCACGUUUCUAUAAUAAGUGCCUGAGGAACAGUUCAGUAUUGAAAUAGAAAUUACCAAACCCUACAUGAAAAAUUGAUCUUCUUAAAAUGCUUGAGAAGACUUGGUAAUGUAAUCCUAAACCUGGCUCAACCUUCGAAGUACAGUGCUCUGAACUAUUAUAAUAGUUUUAUAUAUUCUACUAUUAUUCCGUCAAGCAAAACAUUCAGUAUCUCUUGCACAUCAUGUUCCAGUCCUUCUUUUUCCUUCCCAAAAACAUCCUGUUCUGCAAAACAUCUGCAAAAAGCAUUGAAUAUACGAAGGAAAGCAGAAAGUUAUCUGUAUGGUAAUCUCAAAAGCAAUAAACCUAUUGCAAAUAAAAAAAAUGAAGACA